AUGGCUAAUUCAGAUAUCCCAGAAGGAGUACUUUUUGGUAUGGGUAACCCAUUACUUGAUAUUUCCGCUCCUGUUGAUAAGAGCUUUCUACAAGCGUACAACUUGGAAGCCAAUAAUGCCAUUUUGGCAGGUGAGGAACACUUGCCUUUAUUUGAUCAAAUGAUGCAAAAAUAUCAAUGCGAUUUUAUUGCUGGUGGUGCUACGCAAAAUUCAAUUCGUACAGCCCAGUGGUUAUUACGUCAGCCGCAAGUCACCACAUACAUUGGUUGUAUUGGUAAGGAUAAAUUCGCUGAUCUGUUAAUUAAUGCCGCUACCAAUGAAGGCUUGAGAGUCAAUUACAUGCAGACAUCGGAACAACCAACUGGAACUUGUGCUGUCUUGCUGACCGACAAGCAUCGUUCCUUAGUCGCCAACUUGGGUGCCGCAGAACAUUACAAGGAAGAGCAUUUAUUAAAAGAAGAAAAUUGGCGUUGGGUAGAAAAAGCCAAAAUUUACUAUUCUUCAGGUUAUUUCUUAAAGGUUUCACCCUCCUCCAUGAUGACUGUCGCUAAGCACAGCCACGACAAUGGAAAAAUUUUCGCAACCAAUAUUUCCGCACCUUAUCUAAUUACCUUAGUCAAGGACGACAUGAUGCGAAUUUUCCCUUAUAUCGAUAUUUUAUUCGGUAAUGAAACUGAAUUUGAUGUUUUUGCUAAAGAGCAUUCGUUUGGAACCUCUGAUUUGAAAGAAAUUGGUAAGAAAAUAGCAGCUAUGCCCAAGGUGAAUCCCAAGUAUCCUCGUAUCGUGAUCAUUACUCAAAGUCAAGAUCCAGUUAUUGUAGUUCGCGACGGUGAAUGUAUGGAGUUUCCUGUACCACCACUCAACCAAGAUGACAUUGUAGACAGUAAUGGAGCAGGAGAUGCUUUCGCCGGUGGUUAUUUGAGCCAAUUGGUCCAAGGUAAACCUAUAACUGAAUGUGUUCGUUGUGGAAUUUAUGCUGCACGUGUCAUUCUACAAAGAUCUGGUAUAACCUUCCCAGCUGAACAUGACUAUCAAUAA